AUGACACCCAGCUCUGAUGAUGUUCAUCAUUUGAUGGGCGCAAGCUCAGCACGUUUUCACCCUAAACGAGGUUGGAGGUCUCGUGGACCGCGUCAACCUAAACGUCGUAUCAGAGCCAAAUGGCUGCAGAACAACGCGAUUAAUCCGUCCUCUUUUUCUGGUCAGAUCGACCAAAGAAUUUCUUCUUUAGGCACUUUCAUCCGAAAUGAAAGUGCUCCCAACAACAAUUGCGGACAGGUCACAAUUUAUGGGAUUAAUUCGUACCGUGAAAAUGCCAUAUCAUUUAGAAACAUACUAUUCUAUGCGGUUACAGCAUAUAAAGUUAUGUAG